GCACCAAAGUUCACAUCAAAACCUCACUGGGGGCCCUGGUUGGUUUCAUCUCUGCAACUCCACUUCUCAGAAGCGCAGAGAUUUGGUUCUGCCAAAAUGAAACACCCAUUCCACCCUCUUCUCAUUUCUCUCAUUAUAAUAUACACGUGUGAUGGGAGCAAAGGUCUCAAAGAGCAGCUAAAUAAUAAAAACGUAAGCAUGUCCCUUCUGCCUGCUGACUUCCACAAAGAAAACACAGUUACCAACGACUGGAUUCCAGAGGGGGAGGAGGAUGAGGACUAUCUGGACCUGGAAAAGUUACUCAGUGAGGAUGACGACUAUAUUUACAUCAUAGAUGCAGUUUCCCCAACAGACUCAGAAUCCAGCGCUGGGAACAUCCUGCAGCUUUUCCAAGGCAAGAGCAGGAUUCAGCGUCUUAACAUCCUUAAUGCAAAGUUUGCCUUCAACCUCUACCGAGCACUAAAAGACCAGGCCAACUCUUUUGACAAUAUCUUCAUAGCACCUGUAGGAAUUUCUACUGCCAUGGGGAUGAUUUCCUUAGGCCUAAGGGCACAGACCCAUGAACAAGUUCACUUGGUUUUACAUUUUAAAGACUUUGUUAAUGCCAGCAGCAAGUACGAGAUCAUGACCAUCCAUAAUCUUUUCCGUAAGCUAACUCAUCGCCUCUUCAGGAGAAAUUUUGGGUACACACUUCAGUCAGUCAAUAACCUUUAUAUCCAAAAGCAGUUUCCCAUCCUGGAUGACUUCAAAACUAAAGUCCGUGAAUAUUACUUUGCUGAGGCCCAGGCAGCUAACUUCUCAGACCCUGCUUUCAUAUCAAAAACCAAUGACCAAAUUCUGAAGCACACCAAGGGCCUGAUAAAAGAACCACUGGAAAACAUAGAUCCUGCUACUCAGAUGAUGAUUCUAAACUGCAUCUACUUCAAAGGAUCCUGGGUGAACAAAUUUCCAGUGGAAAUGACACACAACCACAACUUCCGGCUAAAUGAGCGAGAGGUGGUCAAGGUUUCUAUGAUGCAAACGAAGGGAAACUUCCUUGCAGCAACUGACCAGGAGCUCGACUGUGACAUCCUCCAGCUGGAGUAUGUGGGGGGCAUCAGCAUGUUAAUUGCUGUUCCACACAAGCUGUCAGGGAUGAAGACCCUUGAAGCACAGCUGACACCCCAGGUGGUGGAGCGAUGGCAAAAAAGCAUGACAAACAGAACUCGAGAGGUGCUUCUGCCUAAAUUCAAGCUGGAGAAGAACUACAAUCUGGUGGAGGCCCUGAAGUCUAUGGGGAUCACAGAGCUGUUUGACAAAAAAGGCAACAUGUCUGGAAUCUCAAAUCAAAAGAUCACCAUUGACCUGUUCAAGCACCAAGGCACAAUCACAGUGAACGAAGAGGGCACCCAAGCUGCAACUGUGACCACGGUGGGAUUCAUGCCAUUGUCCACCCAAGUCCGUUUCACCGUGGACCGUCCCUUUCUGUUCCUGGUCUAUGAGCACCGCACCAGCUGUCUGCUUUUCAUGGGGAGAGUAGUCAACCCUGCCAGACCUUAAAGGGAAAAGCCAGGGUGUCUGACAUGUCCUGGCUGGGACAAAGAAGACAUAGAUGUUUUGGCAUCAUAAUUUCCAUGGUUUAUACUACAAAUCUGAAUCUGAAGCCCAUGAGGAAGAAGAAAUUUGCCAAUGACUAAGGAGCCAGUUGGGAUCAAUUCUGCACAGUAACAAUGCCCUAAAUCCAAAGCAUUGGUGUAAUUUCUGUGCCAGCUGUUCCUAGAUAGUCUUUGCAACAAACAGACCACCUCAUCUCCCUCUUUUCUCCUCAUAGCAGACCUAUGUAGUGUACCCAAGCACCUCCUUUCUGCACAGCCCCAUCCUUCCAUAUUGUAUACAGCUCUGUUACUCAAGGCCUUUCUCCAUCAGGGACCCUUAGAUGAGCACAGAUCACAGAAAUGAACGUGUGACAGAGGGGGUCCAACUAGCACCAUUUCCAAUGCCCCAGGAGAUGCAACUCUGAGACAUGUAGCAGUUGGCCUGGGCACUGGGGCUUAAUUCUUUCAAGGGCCCACCUUCCAAGUUUAUGUAAAUGUCA